CUUGCCGCCAGAAGUUACAUUUUAAGAAGUUCAGAUGGGAGACGAUUACGGAGAUUCAAGUGUACAAACGACCAACUUGGCUAUGGCUUUCGUCGAUCAAACUACAGCAGAAUGCAGUGUGCUUGUUUCUACGAUGAAGGAGAUCAAUGAGAAGGUACGAGCAGAGACUGAAUUGCGCAAGACCCUCAUACAAAAGGUCCCCGAUCCUCUUCGAAGUAUCGAGAAUGGCGCCGAGUACUUCAACCCCAAAAUAGUGGCGAUUGGCCCCUACCACCGAGGCGAUCCACAAGUGCAGCCAAUGGAAGAGAUCAAGAAGGCGGCCGCUUGUGACUUCUGCAAUAGCCCAAGCCACUCCGCCGAAGAGUUUUACACAAAAGUUGGGGAAGUCGCCGGCGAGGCUCGGAGUUGCUAUGCGGACCGAUUUGAGGACAUGAUCAGUGAAAAGGAGUUCACCGACAUGAUGUUCUUUGAUGGCUGCUUCCUGUUGGAGUUCAUUUCUCGUGACUCUCGGCCUUCUUCGUUCCUCAAAAGAUGGAUGACCACCCGUGACUACCGGUAUAACCUGAUCUUCAGGGACUUGAUGUUGUUAGAGAACCAGAUUCCGUGGGUGGUGCUAGAGGCCCUCAUGAGUUUGAGGCCCGUACCCAUUAAUGAAUUUAUCCAACUUUUUCCCGUUACCGCGGAUGUCGACUUCAAUGGCCUGCUCACCAAGGGCGAGGGUAGCGGCCAUAAGCCCUGCCACCUAUUGGACCUCGUGCAUGAGAGAUACCUCGGCCCCAAGAUGGAGCAGAAAGACAAAAAUGUGGCGUCUGGUAUGUCGUUCUUCAGCUCUGCCACGGACCUCGCGGAGGUUGGUGUUCGAAUCCGUGCCAGCAAAACGUUCCACUUCCGGGAUAUUAGCUUCCACAGGGACUUGCUCUUCGGGCGGCUGUCCCUCCCCCCGAUCGUAAUCGAUGAUCUGACCCCGGUCCUCAUAGCGAACAUGGUGGCGUUCGAAUGGUGCACUGUGGACGAGUCUGACUACGGGGUUGGCUCUUACCUCUCCCUGCUGGCUCUCCUCAUGAGCGGGGAGGAGGACGUGAAGGAGCUGAGAUCAAAGAUGAUAAUGCGUAGCCUUCUCAGCGACCGCCGGACCCUUGACUUCUUCGAGUCCCUCUCCCCCCACCUACUACCUGGCGACAGCUACACGCACGUGCUUGUGUGCCUCAACGACUACUACAGGAAGAGAAGGGUGAGGGUCCUCGUUCACAAGUUCAUCUACAAAAACUUCAAAUUCAUUUUGGCUGCUACAUCGGCUGUUAUCUUCUUCGUCACCAUUCUCCAAACCAUCUUCACCGUUUAUCCUCGCAAAUGAUCGGUCGAUCAUAAGCACGUGCGCGCGCACGCACAAGUUAAUUAAUUGUAAGCUAU